UUAAUGACAUCCUGCGGGCAACAGAUGCAGGAGACCAUGUGGUCCUUGUGUUACUGGAUUUGUCAGCUGCCUUUGACACUAUAGACCAUAACAUCCUACUGUCCAGGCUCAAAAACGUGGUAGGGAUCUGCGGUACAGCUCUUGACUGGUUCAGAUCCUAUCUGGCAGACAGAACUUUGAGCGUGAGCUUAUCCGGUUUUACAUCUGCUGCUGCUCCUCUGUUUUGUGGGGUUCCUCAAGGCUCAAUCUUAGGACCUCUUCUUUUUUCUCUAUACCUCCUUCCACUGGGCUCUAUCAUUAGAAAACAUGGCAUUUCCUUCCACUGUUACGCUGAUGAUAGUCAGUUAUACGUCCCCAUCAACAAAAACGGUUCCUCUAUAACUGCCCUCCUGUCUUGUCUUCAUGACAUAAAAAAUUGGAUGGCCCUCAGUUUUUUGAGUUUUAACGACCAAAAAACAGAGGUGAUGGUGUUUGGUCCAAGUGGCUCCUGUGACCCCCCCAAGAUGGAUUUGGGUGUCUUGACUCCACACAUUAAACAGUCUGUUUUAAACUUGGGUUUUAAAAUGGACAGUGAUUUUAAACUAGACUCCCACAUCAGCUCAGUGGUGAAGAGCAGCUUCUUCCAGCUGAGGCGGUUGACUAAGGUGAAGCCAUUUUUAUCCCAACAGCACUUUGAGACAGUGAUCCAUGCCUUCAUUACAUCCCGGCUGGAUUACUGCAACUCGCUAUAUUUCGGGAUCAGCCAGUCGUCCCUCUCACGUCUGCAGCUGGUUCAAAAUGCUGCUGCUCGUGUCCUGGUUGGAGCACGGAAGAGGGACCACAUCACACCAGUUCUGGCUUCCCUUCACUGGCUGCCUGUCCAUUUUAGAGUUCACUUUAAGAUUCUUUUAUUUGUUUUUAAAUCUUUGAGUGGUCUCGCCCCGCCUUACCUUGAUGAGCUCCUCUCUCCCUACACUCCAGCCCGGUGCCUCAGGUCAGCUGAUCAGCUUCUCCUGGAGGUACCGAGGUCCAAAAGGAAAUGCAGAGGGGAACGAGCCUUUUCUGUCUGUGCUCCAAAGCUCUGGAACGCUUUGCCACUAAAUAUUAGACAAGCCACUUCCCUGUCCAUUUUUAAAACUAGACUGAAGACUCAUUUUUACAGCCAGGCUUUUAUUCACGUAUGAGAUGUUGCUCUGAUUUUUACUUUCAAAUUUUAUUGUAUGUUUUUUACCUUCUGUGUGUUCUUUUAUCAUGUUCUUACCUUUUAUUAUGUUGUUUUUAUCUUUAUUCACUUAUUUUAUUACAUUUGUUUUAUUACGC